AUGGCCUCUGGCUCUGCUUCAGGCGCUGCCUCUGCCGCUGCCUCUGGCCCUGGCGAGAAGAAGAGCUCCGGCAUGGGCUUCUUCAGGGAGCUUCGCCGGCGCUCCAAGGCUGGGUUUCACUCGAAGCCGGCAUCGCGAGCGCCCACCGUCCCCGUCCCCGUCCACGUCCACGCCUCGCCUUCGCCUUCGCUUCCCUCCAGCAGCGCCGGCGAGUCCCUCGUCAACGGCAGCAGCAGUCCCAGCGGCGUCCUCGUCAACGGCAACGGCAAUAUCAAUAUCAAUGGCAAUAUCAAUGGCAAUGGCAAUGGCAAUGUCAACGGCAAUGGAAAUGUCAAUGGCAUCUCCAAGACGUCGACCGCGGACUCGUCUGUCCACAGCAGCAGCGGGAACACCCCUCCGCCGUCCAUCAAGCCCUCGCUGCUCUCCUCCGGCCAUCUUCCCUAUCAGUCCAAGUCUGAGGGAUGGCUGCCGCCGCCGCCGCAGCGCACAGUGCCCAUCUCCUCGCAGUCGUGUCGAAACAGCAUGCUCGGCGUCAAUCCAAGCGCCGCCAGCUCGACCAAGAACAUCGCUCCCAGCUCGCCGCUCGCCCCCCGAGUGCUCUCGAUAUCCGACAACUCCUGGGUCAACCAGAAGCUGCUGCUGCUGUACGGGACGAUAGGCGACCGAGACCCCCAGAAGACCCCCCUCGAUGGCAGCAUCACCGUCCACCACCUCCAGGACGCCUCCUUUCCCGCCAUCUCCUGGCCGGUCCGCGCCUCCUGCUUCAAGGCCCUCGUCCACCUCGUCCCGGGGCCCAACCGGGUCCGUCUCGAGUACGUCUCACCCAAGCAGGCCCCCUCGGCGGCGCCCCAUACCGCCUGGAUCAACGUCAACUACCUCCCGCUGGCCAACUCGCCGCCGCUGCAGCUCGCCAUCCUGCUCGGCUCAGACUCCCAGGCACACUACGACGCCGCGCCCGCCAGCAGCAAGAAGGCCGCCAACGACCUCGACCAUGCCGUCCGCAAGUUCAGGAUGGCCGCCUAUCUCUGGCAGGCCUUCACCGGCGAGCAGAUGUACAGACACAACUUUGGCCGCAGAUGCUUCCACUUCGAGGAAGAGUGGCAGACCGGCAGCCUCAGCGGGCGAGACCCCGAGAACAGCAUCAUGCGCAGCGAGGCAAAGGUCCAUAUCAUCCGCUGCGACCAGACCGUCCAGCAGCUAAGAGCACUGAGCAGUGCAUCUACUUCUACUUCUACUUCUACUGAAGACGGCCUGUUCAAGGUCGCCAUGGACGCUGUGCGCAAGUACUUUGACCUGCGUCCCGGAGAGCAGCGCUACGUCUCGGCCCUCUUGCUCGACACCCACUGGGACAGCAACACCAAGUCCCUGACGGCUCAUGCGGCCCUGGGAUCCUCGCAGUCCGCCGAUCUCAAGCUCGCCCUGUUCGGCUCCCACGGCCUGCACAGCUACCCGGCCUGUCUCCAGGAUAUCGUCCCUUGCUUCUCAGACUGCGCCCGCACAGACACCGCCUACGUUGCCAACCACAACAACGAGUGCGGCAGCAACUGGGAGACCGCCAGCUCCUCGCUCGGCCGCCACCUGCACGAGGUCGGCCACCUCUUCGGCUGUACCGACUCAGACUCGGGAAUCAUGGGCUCCGACUACCUGCGUUUCAACCGCACAUUCAUGACCUGGGAGCCCUACUCGACUCGCACCAAGGAACAGGGCGCUCGUCUGCUCCUCCAGCCAGACGAAUGCCGCUGGAACCGUCUCGACGCCCUCAGAUUCCGCUUCCACCCUUGCUUCAAGAUGCCCAACGACCCCAGCUGUCCCUCCUCAGACAUCAUCCAGCUCUGGUCCGUCGACGGCGAGAAGAUGCUCGCCACCUCCAGUGCCGGCAUUGCCUUUAUCGAGAUCUUCACUGCCUCACAGACUGAUACCCCUGCUGCCUUUAUCGAGUACGUCGAUUCCAGCGCAGGCAACAGCGGCAUUCCAAAGGAAGCCAGCUUCACAGAGGCCGAGAUCAGAGCCCAGCUGCCCGACAGCUCCAGAAAGUCCAAGCUCGUCCGUCUACGCAUCUACUCGGGCUGUCUCUCCGUUCUCAACGUCCCAGACCUCUCCGUUCUGACUGCCAGCAAGGCCAAGGACUGGUGCGUCAAGAUACCCACCGUCACCGGCAGUGAACAGGCAAACUACCUUCCAUACAUGCCGCCAGACACUCUGCAGGGCUCUCUAGAGAAACAGGACGUCUUCUUCGAGACAAACAAGCCUGUCACUACGAUAAGAGUGUAUUCAACGGAGAAACCCGGUUCGGAUCCUGGCGGUUCGUCCAGGACAACAAUUGCAGGCAUUGAGUUCCGCUAUGAAGACAGCAGCAGCCAGCUCUUUGGCUCCAGGGGGCAGGCCAUGAUUGACGACGAAUACACAAUUGGUAAGUUCUUCUCUCACCUCUUCUCUCUACUUUGA